GAUGCCAUGUCCACCGUUAUGGGCACAGCGAAUGGCAGUGCUGCCUCCAUGUCUCCUGGGCCCAGCUUGGCAGUGACCAGCCACUUCUCCUCGUCUCCUGUGGGCUCCUCAGCUGCCACUGCCAGCCUGCAGCCAAGCAGCACCAGCGGCACCACUGAGCAAGACUUGACUGCCACAUCCCACCCCUCCACGGUACUUGUGUCCUCCACUCCAUCCUCCACUCAUGACAGUAUGAGCGUUGGGCCAGGUGCUGUGACGGUAGCAACCACGGAGCACAGCCCAUCUCCCAGUACGCCUAGCCCCAAGCCAUUGGCUUCCACCUCUGGCACGUCCCUGGCCUCAGAUGCCACCCAGGCCAACCUUUGGUCCUCCACAGCCCUCACGCAGGGUCAGGGCACGGUGGAGGGAAGGACUACUUCAUCUUCCACAGAGAGCUCCUCUUCUGCCACAGCGCCGGACUCCGUGGCUAGCCAUGCCACGACCGGCCUCGCUGAAGGGUCAAGUUGCGUUCCUGUGACUGUCUCCAUACAGCUGGAAAAGGUGACCAGCACUAUGAUACAGUUCCGCUGGAAACCUGAAGGUGGCACAAGAGAUGGUCCUUACAGAGUGCGUCUGUGGGGAGGCUCUAGAGAGAUGUGGAAUGGAAGCCUAAAUGAAACAAGCACUGCCUUUAAAAAUCUACUUUCUGAUAAUGAGUAUCAAAUAUCCGUGGAUGUUACAACUUGCUCUAAGAAUAUCAGUACCUCCUUGACAGUUCGGACAGCUGCUGAAGUCUUCAACGGAACCACUAGGAUUACCAAUAAAGAUUUCAUACCUGAAUAUCAGAACAAAUCAAGUGCAGCAUUUAAGGAAUUUGAAACUAAGUUCAUUAACGAGAUCAAAAAACAUCUACCACAGAAGAUCCAAGAAUUAAUAAACGGGACAAAAAUGCAUAUUGAAAUUAAUAGCCUCAAGAAUGGCAGUGUGAUUGUGAUCUUCAACAUUGUUAUGGAUAUAGGAGAAAAUAUAACAAAAACAGAGAUUUCAGAUGCUUUUACAGGCGCCCUUAAUAUGAGUACUGUAUUACAAGCUGAUCUUAGAAAGACUGUUAUACAAGCAAGGAACAGUUGUCAGCCAGGAUUAAAUGACUGUUCCCAAAAUGCUACCUGCACAGCUGAAGGAGCCACUUAUUCCUGUCAAUGCAACAAAGGAUUCACAGACAAUAGUCCCCAGGUUCCAGGGAGAGUUUGUCAGCGUAAGCAGAAUCUACCUUCAGAACAAAUGACUACAGUCCUUCCAAAAAAUGCUACAGCUAUAUUUACAAGAUCCACAGCUAAUUCUGGUUUUACUACCACAUUUUCACCAGCACCUUGCAUGCCAGUGUCCAUCAAAGUUCAGAAUGUGACUGGGGAAGAAAUACAAUUCAGCUGGACCAGUGACAGGAGGGGAAGCCUCUACACUAUCUCCCUUGUGGAUGGAAACAAGGAGAUAAAUAGAACAACUACAAAAGAGACAAAAGCUGUAUUUAAACGUUUACUUCCCGGUCAUCUAUACACAGUGUUUGUGGCAGUAUCAUCUUGUGCUGAGAACAGCUGGACUUCAUUUCGUGUCCGAACAGAUCCUGUUUCCUGCCUCAACAGAACUGAGUUUUGCUUACCACAAAACACUGGCUGUUCUGACUUAAAAUACACUGUAUGCUCAUAUUACCAAGCAUUUGCCUGCAGUGUUUUGUUAAAAAACCAGACAUUUAAUCAUGCUCUUUAUAACUCUGAUAGUGAAGGCUACAAAAAAAUGUCUGAAAGUAUCAAAACUGAAGUUGUUAGAGAAAUGCGCAUUAAACUGGAAGAUGACCACUUCGAUAUCAUUGUGCUUGGAUUCAGACCUGGGAGUGUGAUCGCUUAUUUUAUUUCUCUACUGCAAAACCAAGAGCCUAUUGAUGUGAAUAUUUUUCAGGCACAUUUAAAUCAAGUAUUGAGGAGCAAGUUUGGUGACCAAACUGAAGUAACUGUGAAAUCUCUGACUGCUCAGUCAUCAACUGAAAAUAGUUCCGCCUGGAAAGUGGCAGUGAUUGUCCUCGGAGUUUUACUUGGAGUUGCAUUAGUGCUGAUUCUUCUGGUAUCAUUGGUUUACAUCUACAUGAAGAAAAGAUCAGGUAAAUAUUUGGUUGUAACCAAAGGACUCCUGGGAAAUUUCUUUUACAAGCAAUUAUAAUACAGGCUAUUGGUUUCAUUUACGUAUUUUAGGUAAGGAGAAAAAUUAAUAUAUAUGUCUUAAAAUUCUAUGUAAAUUGUUUAGGUUAACUUCAGAUAACUCUACUCUAAUGUCCACCACAAAAUUCCUGAGCUCCUGGCAACCUCUGAUGAAUCAUCCUUUUAACAUUGCUCUCAGGGGUGGAGUAGGAAUUUUUUCCCAUUGUACAUGUGGUAGAGUGAGGCACUGAGAAACUUCUGUUCCAACUAUCCUCUGUAGGUAUUGUGAUGGUUUCUAACUCUUGACUAUAAAGAGAGACAGCAUCUGAGCUACGCAGUACUCUUUUAUAUUUAGUUGACACAGUAAAUGGAGUGACUGCUAUAGGUAGCAGGUCACCUGUAUGGACAGCUCAGCCCAGAGUCACCCUUUUGGGCUUUAUGCACUUGGCCAAGAGUGGUUCACCUCACCUGAGAUUUUUAUCGCCAUAUGAAGAUGCCUCUUUCUCUCCAGUGACUGCAGAAUGAGCCCAGGGCAAUUAGUGUUUUAGCACAGACAAAAGGUUUAUUUGGCCUGAAGUAUUUUACUCAUCUAUGUAUGCUUGUCAAAAACAGUUGGUUGAGCAAGGGCGUGUCAUAUAGUGCCAUUUUGCCUUUGGUAAUCACAAAGUAGAGUCUGAUGAAAGCAGCCUGAAGAAUCCUGUGGCAUUGACCAGACCUUUGCUUUAAAGCAAUGAAAAGAAAUGGCUUUCAUGGCUCCUAGCUGCAGUCCUGGUGAAGUCACAGUCUGUUUCUCCUGUGGUGUAUUUAUUCUGCUUGGAACACGUUGUUGAACAAAUGAUAAAGGGCAGUAUAUUGCUGUACAUAUUUUUAGUAGGAUUUAUGUAUUUAAUCUCAAACCAGUUCUCCCUGUGUCUAUGUAUUUUGUCUGUAUGCCUAUGCUCAGCAUUCAUGUUGAGGCACUGAAUAUCCUGUGACGUUGAUGCCCUGGCUCACACACCCCACUCCCUCCCUGCAAACCGUUCAGGCCCUUUGUCUUUGUGGAUUAUGUUAUGGUUAGUUGGCACGGGGUAGAGUAAGGAGGUGUCCAGAACUGUAGCAUGGUGUGGGACACCAGGAGACAAAGGACCUCAGAAGAGCGGUGGUGCACAAACAACUCUCUUGUCCUUUUUAUACCUCCUUUCCUGCACUACAGUGUGGGUCCUGGAGGAAUCCUGCCAAAGACCCUGGUUAAGCAGAAGGGUGAAGACAUCUUAUGUGCUGGCAUUACUGCAGAAAGGCUGAUUUAGUUCAGGUUGUAUCACCACCCUGAUGAGGGAAGUCACAUCCAGCCUUGCUCCUUUGUCCUUGGCCUGGCAGCAGUGUCACUGUGUGAGGCCAAUGCUCUGUGCUGGUUGAGCAGGGAAAGCUGUGUGAGUACCUAGGGCAUCUUCGCACACAAAGUUGUGUUGGUGGUUUAUGUUUUCUGUCUGGAAUAUUUAUAUUUUUUUGCAGGGACCUAUGAAAGAAGGGUCUUGAACAUGACUUGCUCUCCCUUUUCUUCCAUGUAGUAUCAGCUUGGCUGUCCUUCUGCUCAGGUUUGGGUUAUGGAGUUACAGCUCACCUCACUGAUGGAAAGUCAGUGUGAUUAAUAUUUGUUAAACUUAUUUUAUGUGGGUUUUAAACAUAGCUAGCUCCUCUAUUCACUGAGCCCUCACUUGAUAAUAUAUUCUGUCAGCAAAUGCAACUUCUCCAGUGAGCUAUGUGUUGAAAACACGAAUGUGCGCUCUUGCUUAUGUUAAUUCUGUUUUCCUUCUUUUUUUUGGGGUGGGUCUACUUUGAAUAUCAAACACAUUGUUAGUAAAACCUUUCUGAUGUCCUUGCAAAUAAUGUUGAAAUAAAGACCAUGUACAGCAGGCUUGUACUAUGGAAUCCUGGGACUUGUUCAUGUAAAAUAUAUUUAAACUCUCUGAAAGAAAAGAAA